AUGACAAGUUUCAAAUCCACAGUGGAGAUGCGAGAGCCCAUCUGUCUGAUUGAGAGUGAUGAGAGUGGGUGCAUGUGUGUCAGGAGAGAGGCACUGGAGAUUCUGGAGCAGAUCACACAGCCUGUGGUGGUGGUGGCCAUAGUGGGGCUCUGCCGCACUGGAAAAUCCUUCCUCAUGAACAGACUGGCUGGAAAACACACAGGAUUUGAGUCUAACACCAGGGGCAUCUGGAUGUGGUGUGUGUCCCACCCCUGUAAAGCAGAACACACCCUGGUGCUGCUGGACACUGAGGGACUGGACAAGGGUGAUGAGAAACAUGACACCUGGCUCUUCUGCUUGGCUGUUUUACUCAGUAGUACUCUGGUCUACAAUAGUAUUGGCGCCAUUGAUGAUGAUGCCUUGGAGAAACUGCACUGCAUGGAGUAUGUCACAGAACUGCUUUGGCACAUUAAGGUAAAGUCAGGCUCAGGAGAUGAGGAUCAGUUUAAAGAGUUCAAGAGCUUCUUCCCAUCAUUUGUGUGGACAUUACAAGACUUCCCAUUCACGUUGGAGCUGGAAGAGAGACCCAUCACUGCCAAUCAGUAUCUGGAAGAUGCUUUACAGCUCAAGACAGGAUCUUCUUCUCAGAUUCUGCAGUACAACCAGACUAGGUGUUGCUUGCGUGAGUUCUUUUCUGUACGAAAGUGCUUUGUGUUUGAGUGUCCUGCAAGCAUUGAGAGGAUUAAACAGUUGAGGAGCCUCACAGAUGCAGACCUUGAGCCCACCUUUCUAGAACAGGUGCAGGAUUUCUGUGGCUAUAUCUUGACCAAUUCUCAUGCCAAAACCAUGAGAGGGGGCUUGGAGCUGACCGGCAGAAUCUGGGGCAACCUAACAGAGAUGUAUGUAGAAGCAAUCCAUUGUGGGGAAGUGCCCUGUCUGGACGAGACAAUGGAGUCACUGGUAGUAAUUCAGAACAGCUGUGCUGCAACCGAAGCGGUGGAGUACUACCAAAGAGAGAUGUGGAGUAGGGUGACCACAGAAACACAGAAGGAGUGGUCUGUCAUCCAUGAAGUUGUGAAGAGAGAGGCGAUGAAACUCCUCAUCAACAACUCUCUCGGUGAUCUUGAUCAGCAUUGCCAGCAGGAGUUCAAGAGGAGUCUUCAGAGUCUCUAUGAGGAGUACUAUUGGCAGAGAAUGGAGGAACCUCACCAGAUGAACACGUCUGUCUUCUCCCCUGAGAAGACAAAUUCAGAGAAAGAUGAUACAUUCAUGCUGUGCUCGCUGGACUCUAUUUAA